UUUUUAGUAAAAGUGUAAAACAAUAGUCCUUUUCGUGCUUCUCUCAUUUUCAGUCUUCUCUUUCAGAUCUCGAGAGUAUUUAUUGUUGAAGAAACAUGUCUCAUCGCAAGUUUGAGCAUCCAAGGCAUGGCUCUUUGGGGUUUCUCCCAAGGAAAAGAGCCUCUCGCCACAGAGGAAAAGUGAAGGCUUUCCCAAAAGAUGAUCCUACCAAGCCAUGCAGAUUAACUGCAUUCCUGGGAUAUAAAGCUGGAAUGACCCAUAUUGUGAGGGAAGUCGAAAAGCCUGGAUCAAAGCUUCACAAGAAGGAGACCUGUGAAGCAGUUACUAUCAUUGAGACACCACCCAUGGUUGUUGUUGGAGUUGUAGGAUAUGUCAAAACACCCCGUGGUCUUCGCACUUUGGGCACUGUGUGGGCUCAGCAUCUGAAUGAAGAGGUGAAACGGAGGUUCUACAAGCACUGGUGCAAGUCUAAGAAGAAGGCUUUCACCAAGUACUCAAAGAAGUUUGAAACUGAAGAUGGUAAAAAGGACAUUCAGUUGCAGCUGGAAAAAUUGAAAAAAUAUUGUACUGUAAUUCGUGUUUUGGCACACACCCAGAUAAGGAAAAUGAAGGGUUUGAAGCAGAAGAAGGCCCAUCUAAUGGAGAUUCAAGUCAAUGGGGGGAAUAUUGCUCAAAAAGUUGACUUUGCAUACAGUUUCUUUGAGAAACAAAUUCCAAUUGAUGCUGUGUUCCAGAAAGAUGAGAUGAUUGAUAUUAUUGGGGUGACCAAGGGUAAAGGGUACGAAGGUGUUGUGACCAGAUGGGGUGUGACACGUCUACCCCGUAAGACCCAUCGUGGGCUUCGCAAGGUUGCUUGUAUCGGUGCAUGGCAUCCAGCUAGGGUUUCAUUUACUGUUGCCAGGGCUGGGCAAAAUGGCUACCAUCACCGUACUGAGAUGAACAAGAAAGUCUACAAGCUUGGGAAGGCUGGCCAAGAGUCACAUUCUGCCAUGACUGACUAUGACAGGACUGAGAAAGACAUUACCCCGAUGGGUGGAUUCCCCCAUUAUGGUGUGGUGAAAGAGGAUUAUGUGCUGAUCAAAGGCUGCUGUGUUGGGCCAAAGAAACGUGUUGUGACUUUGAGGCAGUCCCUGUUGCAUCAAACUUCUAGGGUUGCCCUCGAGGAGAUCAAGCUCAAGUUCAUUGAUACAUCAUCCAAGUUUGGACAUGGUCGCUUCCAGACAACACAGGAAAAGGCCAAGUUCUAUGGGAAGCUCAAGGCUUGACAGGCUUAUUGAAGGAGGAAUUAUCUUUUAUAUCUGUUUUAUUUUUUCUUUUGGUACAAUCUUUUACUUAAUUUCCAGCAAAUUUCAAUUUUGUUUGACUUGGUACCAAUUUAAUGUUGUAGAUUCGGACCAUGAUUUUGACAAUAUUUUUCUUUAUUUAUCAUGAGUUGCAGGAUUUGGUUCCCAAUUUACAUGCCCU